CAAUAAUUAACUAUCGGCUCCUCUGAGUCAAACUUUGUACUGUCCUUUCCCACAAUUCCUUGAGUCCUGGGCCGGUAGUUGUGCCCGAAGCUGCGGGAACACACAGCGCUGUAGGUGUGUGGGAUUAUCAGGACAUGGCAACUACCUCGUCUUCUCUGAGGAUUGGAAUCGUAGGAUAUGGACAUCUAGGUCAGUACCUGGUGGAGAGGAUCCUUAAUGAUGGAGCUGCUCUCGGUUUGACUCUGGCUUUUGUCUGGAACAGAAAUUCGGACAAGCUCAAAGGUUUAGUUCCUGAUGAUCUCGUGCUCGGUGAUCUGUUAUCUUUUGAAGACAGGCGAUGUGAUGUGAUCGUAGAAGUGUGCCAUCCUCAGAUAGUGAAAGAAUUUGGACUCCGCUUCCUGUCUCAGUCUCAUUUCAUGGUGGGCUCGCCCUCUGCUCUCUCUGAUCCUGAUCUGAACCAGAGGCUGCGUCAGGCAGCUCAGCAGCAUGGUAGGACACUCUAUGUCCCCAGUGGUGCAUUAUGGGGAGGCCAGGACAUCCAGAGGAUGAAUGAUAGUGGAUCCCUAAAGGCGUUGUUUAUAAGAAUGUCCAAGCAUCCAUCCUGCUUCCGGCUGACAGGAGACGUCCUUUCUGAUUGGACGGAGGGAGAGGGCAGGCGGGUUUUAUUCAGGGGCUCAGUAGCAGAGUUGUGCCCACUUGCUCCUAACAAUGUUAACACCAUGGCAGCAGCAGCAGUGGCAGCAGGAACACUCGGCUUUGCUGGUGUCCAGGGAGAGAUAGUGUCUGACACGGCGUUAAGAGACUAUCACGUGGUGGAGGUGGAGGUGACUGGGCCUGAUGGCUUCUCAGUACACACAGUGAGGAGGAAUCCAGCCAGACUCGGAGCUGUGACUGGCAGUGCAACGUACAACUCCUUCUGGAAUAGUUUACUCGUUUGCAAAGGUCAUGGGGGCCGAGUUUACUUGUGCUGAAGCAGGUGAGGACUCUGGAGGAUUACCUACAACACCGGACAAGGAUCCGCAGCAAAAUUCCAGAUAAAUUAGAUGGUUUAUGGUGGAUAAGUCGUGUGGAUGGUGGAUCACUGGAUCGGUAUGUUACUGAGAAUGCGAAAACCCCUGGAUAUUUGUGUUCCAAUAAACUCCAUGCACACAAAGAAAGAA